AUGAUAGCACUGCUUCAAUUGUUUCUGCCACUCGCAAUGUUGCCAUAUUUUGUGGCGCAAAACGAUGAAUGCAUUACUUCAUGCUCUUUGACUUAUAUGGGAGAAGGAAUUGUUCCACAUGUAUACAAUGAAUGUUCAUGUCAAAUUAUCCAAGAGGCAGCGACAGCGUUUCACAUUCCCACGCGUUGCACCCCGUAUUACCGAUCACUCAAGUUUAGAAACAAGAGUACUGGAGAAGUAUUGCUUCAUAAAGCAGUGGUGCGAGUCUGCGUUGGACUGAAUUCUCGACAUGCUGUAAAUCAAUCAUUGUUCGAUGAGGAAGAGCGCUUGUUUCUUGAAAAUCGAGUGUAUGAAGCUCUUGAGUAUACCCCAGAGCCUUUGGAAACAAAACCCUCAUGGAUAUUUGGAUUCCGAAACAAUGUGAUGCAGCUUUAUCGAAAACCCGACGGUCAUCUUCGAUUCGGAUAA